ACUGGACACAAGAUACCUGUGCCCACAUAUUUUUUGUUUGGCACGGGCACAUGCCAGUAUGUUGUUGCAAUUUAUGUAAUUCCAUUUGAGUACGCUCAAAAACGACAUAUAUAUAACUCCCAU